GAGUCCCCAGCCUACCCUCCAGACAUGACUCCGAAAGAAGAGCAAGAGGAGGCGAUUCGGAUCCGGGGAUUGGAGGUUGGCCCCCCCAUAGAUAUGCAGAAAGUACUGAUUGGUUCCAAAGGCUCCUGGAUUGGAAGGGCCUAGUAAGGUGCCUUCUCCGGCUGACUCUCCUCAGGACAGCAUUGGUGUAGAGUGUUGACUCAUUCAGAAGAGAAAAGUCUGUGAUCCUCAAAGAUGCCGUGGAGAGCAGUAAUCCUGUUCAGUUUGGGGUCUCUGGCUAGGAGAUAGAGAGGUUGUAAGAUGAGAUGGACAGCUUUAUGGGUAUACUUAUUCAGGGCAUGGCUGAGUCUUGACUUUGGAGUCCCAGGUGAACUGUGAGCAGAUCUCAUGCAGUAACUGAGGAUACGAUGCCCAGAGUCCCCCACCUUGAUGAUGGCAGUUGCUGUGACACAGGUGGUGUGACACAGGAGGGCUCACACGCACUUGUCCCCAAGAGCAGUGAAAAUAGACAGAUCAUUCCCCCUGGUGAGAGCCCUGACCUGACCUGUGAGAGCGAAAGCUUCGUUGUACCCACUUGUCUGUCACAGCCCAUCAGAUGUGAACAUCUGUGCAUGUACAUGCUAGUCACUGAGAAAGUAUUGUUCGUGUUCCAGGUACCAGCCCUAUUUGAUGAGGUGGCCAUAUAUUUUUCGGAUGAGGAGUGGAAAGUUUUGACAGAGCAACAAAAAGCCCUCUACCGGGAAGUCAUGAGGAUGAAUUAUGAGACUGUGCUGUCCCUGGAAUUCCCAUUCCCUAAGCCAGACGUGAUCAGUCGGUUGGAAAGAGAAGUGGAGUAUCCUAAUUCUGAUGACUGGCGGCUCCAGGGAGUAACCUUUGCAGAAAAUGAAGAAUCUGACUUUAACACUCCACAUUGGGCAAGCCCAAUGACUGCCACCUCCCAUUUCCCUCAACCUCAGCAAUUCAACAGCUUUUGGCAUCUGCCUCGGGACAUCACUGAGCUGCCUGAAUGGAGUGAGGGGUACCCCUUCUACAUGGCCCUGGGUUUCCCAGGGUAUGACCUCUCAGCUGAUGACUUGGCUGGCAGGUUUCAGUUCAGUAGGGGCAUGCGCCGCAGCUACGAUGCCGGGUUCAAAUUGAUGGUGGUGGAGUAUGCCGAAAGCACCAAUAACUGUCAGGCUGCCAAGCAAUUUGGGGUGUUGGAAAAAAAUGUUCGAGACUGGCGAAAAGUGAAGCCACAGCUCCAAAAUGCCCAUGCCAUGCGGCGGGCAUUCCGAGGCCCUAAGAAUGGGAGGUUUGCUCUGGUGGACCAGCGUGUUGCCGAGUAUGUCAGAUAUAUGCAGGCCAAAGGGGACCCCAUCACCAGGGAGGCAAUGCAGUUGAAAGCUCUUGAAAUUGCCCAGGAAAUGAACAUUCCAGAGAAAGGAUUCAAGGCAAGUCUGGGCUGGUGUAGAAGAAUGAUGAGAAGGUAUGACCUGUCUCUGAGGCACAAAGUGCCGGUUCCCCAGCACCUGGCCGAGGACCUGACUGAGAAGCUCAUCACUUACCAGCAGAGCGUGCUGGCUCUGCGCCGGACACAUGACUAUGAAGUGGCACAGAUGGGCAAUGCAGAUGAGACACCCAUCUGCUUAGAAGUGCCCUCUAGAGUGACUGUAGACAACCAGGGUGAAAAGCCUGUCUUGGUCAAGACACCAGGUAGGGAGAAAUUGAAGAUCACAGCCAUGCUGGGUGUCUUGGCUGAUGGGAGGAAGUUACCCCCAUACAUUAUUUUGAGGGGAACAUAUAUUCCCCCUGGGAAGUUCCCCAGUGGCAUGGAAAUCCGCUGCCACCGCUAUGGGUGGAUGACUGAGGACUUGAUGCAAGACUGGUUGGAAGUUGUGUGGAAACGGAGGACUGGAGCUGUGCCCAAACAACGAGGGAUGUUGAUCCUGAAUGGCUUCCGGUGUCAUGCCACCGACUCAGUGAAGAGGUCCAUGGAAAGCAUGGACACAGACAUGGUGAUCAUCCCAGGUGGCCUGACCUCACAGCUGCAGGUGCUGGAUAUGGUGGUCUACAAGCCUCUGAAUGACAGUGUCCGGGCCCAGUAUUACAACUGGCUUCUGGCGGGGAACCUGGCGCUGAGCCCCACUGGAAAUGCUAAGAAGCCACCUCUGGGCCUCUUCCUGGAGUGGGUCAUGAUGGCAUGGAACAGCAUCUCAAGUGAAUCAAUUGUCCAGGGGUUCAGAAAGUGCCACAUCUCCAGCAACUUAGAGGAGGAAGAUGAUGUUCUGUGGGAAAUUGAGAGCGAGCUAUCCAGAGAACCACCAAAAGAAUGUGAUCCUGAAAGUGUGGCUGAGGUCAACUGAGGGAAGAGUUGAGCAAAUGAAACUGUGAUAGAAGCACUUGGAAGAAAAAAGCACUUGUAAGAAGAUGGCUGCAGAGGGGCCGAAAAGGGCAAUAGGCUCUGAACAUCUCAGGUCUGGACAACAGCCUGAGCAACCCAUCUCAAGACAGCCCCACCCACCCUAUCCCAUCCGGUGUCAGCCAAGCCUAAGACCCUUAAGUUUAGCAACAAGCUUAGAACAACAUUCUGCCCCAUUUCUCCUUUUGGAGCGGUCUCCUCUGCUCGUUAUAGAAGCCUAUGAUCACGAAUGGACAAAGAUAUUUCCUGGAGAAGAGAAUGUUGUUCAGCACCAAGAUGUGCCACGUCACCACAGCUCUCGUGUCUCUUCUGUGGAGCAGAAACCUCAGUAUAAACCUUUACAGAUGCUUCAGUAGAGCCUGACUCCACACAGGUCAAGACUACAGAAAAGCUUUUCUAGAAAGCCAUCACUCCUGCACUACUGUUCUUACACAUGUCACUGAGGGAAUGAGAUUAAUAACCACAAAAUUGAGACACUGGCUUGGUGCCAGAAGAUGGCUUUUCUAUAGGUAAACUAGGUUAGUAUGAGUUUAAAAUAAAUGAUGCUGUUACACUUACCUUCCUGAUCUGGUUGGCAGCUAGACCUUCUUAGGUAAAUGACCCUACUUUCCCUAUUGCUCUCUUUAAUGAGGCAACCCUUGGUAUACGAGCCUUUGCUUUUCAGGCUGCUUGCAGAAGUCUCUAAGUCAUCUGCUGUCUACACAGAAUGAGGCCCACUGACUCAUACUUACUUGGUUAAUUUCUUUAAUAUUUUAAUCUAAAGGGCAGUGGGAGGGAUUGGGCCUUGAGCCACAGCUGCUUUCAGACUUCACAAAAAUAGGUAUGAGUCAUUGACUUUUUACACAAUAGUAAUUUGCAUUCUUGUGUAAGUCAACUGUUAAGAAAAACAUUCCUUCAAAGCUAUCUAUGCAGCCAGGCGGUGGUGGCGCACGCCUUUAAUCCCAGCACUCGGGAGGCAGAGGCAGGCGGAUCUCUGUGAGUUCGAGGCCAGCCUGGUCUACAAGAGCUAGUUCCAGGACAAGCUUUAAAAAAGCUACAGAGAAACCCUGUCUCGAAAAACAAAAAAAAAAAAAAAAAGCUAUCUAUGCUACAAAAAUUCUACCAGAACCUCAUAGGCAAAACCGUUGCUAGAUCUGUCAUUCAAAAUACUCAGUCUGGCCAACGGGUUGCUGUAACCACUUUUCCUCCUCCACUCAGCUCGUGUGGACACUGUUAAUGACUAAGUGAAGGCCAGGGCCUAACACUGUUGAUGGCAUCUUUACCAGUUCUGCUCAGGUACACAUUUUCCUGUUUGCUGUCCACUUUGCUGAUCUGUUUUAACCAGUUUGUAGAGUUCCAAACACAUGAGAAUGGCUUCUAAGAUCUGAAUGAAUGGACAUCUUAAUUGUUUCUGGUUGGCUUUGUCUGUGCUGUCUUGUCUCCCCCACAUGACCUCUGUUACUCUCCAUCCCAUCCGUUGUUUUCCCUCCUUCCAUUGUCCUCUUUCCUGACCUUGUUUCUCUUGCUUGGGAGCUUAAAAGAUGCCAUCUUGGGCUUUCCACACAGAAGCCAGAUCUCUUAACAAAGAGUAGAAAAUGGACUUAACUCCUGUUUCAUUCCAUAACAUCACUCAUCCGCUGAGAUGCCUUACAGGUUGCAUAGCACUGGAACUUUCCUAAGUGAUGGUUCUGCUGCCAGGGUCUUCUGGGAGUUCUUCACUGGCUGGAAACGAUCUAUGCAGAACAGCCCCAUUACAGCUGUUCAGCAGAAUAACAGUUAACCAGAAAAUUACCAUAGCACACUGAGACUGCUGCUCCCCACUAAAUAGAAGCUGAUCCCGUAAUAAACUUUGAUAACAAAGACAA